AUGGCUCAAAUCCUCCCCACUACCGGCUACCUUCUCGGACUAGUGUUGGAGACUCUGAUUUAUGGCAUGUAUAUUGUGCUGUUCAUUCUCUCCAUGUAUUUCCUAGUGGGAGACGGAGGACGGAAGCGCAGAGACACCGGGAUGAGCAACUCGAUGCUCCUGAUUACUUCCGGAAAUAUUCUCCUGUUUGUCACCAUCUCUGCUGAGUGGAUUAUAAUCACUAUUCGGAGCUUCGCAGGUUUCAUCGAUCACGGCAAUGAGCCCGACGGGCCACUUCUAUACUUCAGCUCGUUAAUUGACGGCACGACUGCUGCUGCCAUGUCUCUAGGCGUAGUCGAAACAGUCGUAGCCAACUUUGUAAUGGUGUACCGACUGUGGAUAGUGUGGGAACGUAAGUGGUUGAUUGUGGCAUUACCUGCCUGCACGCUCCUCGGCACCCUGAUCAGCGGAGUGGUCUUUGUUUAUCGCUUGCAAGAGUUGAUCCCGAGUGAAAACUUCUUCGAGUCCCCCUGUGCACCUUGGGUCGCCUCCUGUAUGACAUCUUCUGCUGUGUACGUCUCGAUUGACGCUUCCGAGGAAGUACAUUCGACGCUGACAUGGAACUAG